UUUUCCUUUUUUUUUUUAUUGAUUGGAUUUAUCAUCUUUUUGUUUCAGCGGGUGCUCGGUGUUCGAAAGCUCCACCUUGAUUUUAUCUACUCCCCCUUCUCCCACGUCAGAUUCAUCAGGCUAUUUUCGACUUAACAAUCAGCGAUUGAUUUGCAUACUGCUGAGCGGAGCAUUAUCUUUCUCUUUGUGUUUUUAUAUGUGCUUGGAUCUGUGCUGACCAGCUCUUGGGAGAUAAUUCGUUGUACAUGUGCGCCGGCUCCAUGUUUAUAACAAGUAUCGUACUACGUUUUCUUUGUGCUGUGGUCUUUGAUCGAUCUCAUUUCUUGCAUGGCGAAUCGGGUCUUUCACCCCAUCUUCGGUUGCCUCGUUUUCUCGGUCUUGAACGUAAAAUGAUCUGGUUAUGGGAUACGCACCUGGAGAACAACUUGGAGAAGCUUCCAGCGGGUGAUCGUAGGUGCCCGUACCAGCACCCAGCUCUUCGAUUUAUACAUACCAUACGGUAGAUAUAUAUGGUGGAAGCAAAGCGGAAAUAGAUUCAGCGGGGAGCAAUGGAUUACUCGUCUAAAAACACCUCAAAAAAAAGAUAGUUCAAAUGUUGUAUAUAGUACAAGAACAUCAAAAGACAGCAUUACGUCAUAUAAGAUUUCCCAUCUUGCACGCUAUAGAAAUAGCAUGACAGAUACAAAGUAAGGUAUAUAGGAGGAGUGCAUCAUAUAUAUAUGAACACUGGAAAAAGGUAGCAAACUAAUUGAGGUAUGCAAAAAAAAAAAAAAAAAAAAA